AUGGAACAACAAAAAUAUGAGCACCUAGCGACAGAUGAAAACGUUGAAGUAAAUGAAGCCAGUAUAAAAGAUGAUGUCCCUGGAAAUAGUUCAAUGAAUGCAGAUGUUAUAGAUUUCAUACGGCCCACAUCGUUGAAUUCCGGCUACGCACAUGAUGACUCAAAGAAUAGACUAGUACAGGUACUCUUAAAAUAUAUGAAGUUUGUAGGCCCUGGGUUAAUGGUGUCGGUUUCAUACAUGGAUCCCGGUAACUAUAGUACGGCUGUUGCAGCUGGUUCAGCACAUCGUUAUAAGUUAUUGUUUUCCAUAUUAGUGUCCAAUUUCAUGGCUGCAUUUUGGCAAUGUCUGUGUGCUAAAUUAGGUGCAGUUACAGGUUUAGAUUUAGCUCAGAAUUGUAAGAAACAUUUACCAUAUGGUUUGAAUAUAGCAUUAUACAUCCUUGCAGAGAUCGCCAUUAUUGCAACAGAUCUUGCAGAAGUUGUUGGUACAGCAAUCUCACUGAAUAUAUUAUUUGAUGUUCCUUUAGCUUUAGGUGUUGUCCUGACAGUGGUUGAUGUUUUGAUAGUGUUGAUGGCAUAUAAACCUAAUGGAUCUAUGAAAUGGAUUAGAGUGUUCGAAGCCUUCGUUUCAGUUUUAGUGGUCAUGACUGUAAUAUGCUUUGGUAUAGAAUUAUUUUAUGCCGACUUAGGACCUGCUAAAGAAAUCUUUAAGGGUUUUUUACCAAGUAGAGCAGUUAUCGAUGCCGAUGGAUUAUACUUAAGUUUAGCUAUUCUUGGUGCCACUGUAAUGCCUCAUUCUUUAUAUUUAGGAUCUGGUGUUGUUCAACCAAGAUUAAGAGACUACGAUAUUAAUAAAGGUUACUAUAAACCAGAUUUAAACGAUGUGGAAAACAAUCAUGAUAAUUAUAAGCCAUCCUUUGAAGCCAUUAAUGAGACAUUACAUUAUACAAUGGCAGAACUAUUGGUAUCUUUGUUUACAGUUGCGCUAUUCGUGAAUUGUUCAAUUUUAAUUGUCAGUGGUGCUACACUUUAUGGUACUACUCAAAAUUCUGAAGAAGCCGAUUUAUUCUCUAUUUAUAAAUUACUUUGUAGCACUCUAUCAAAGAGUGCAGGUACAAUCUUUGUUGUCGCAUUGUUAUUCUCUGGGCAAAGUUCAGGUAUUGUAUGUACAUUAAGUGGACAAAUGGUUAGUGAAGGGUUUUUAAAUUGGACUAUUGCACCAGCAUUGAGACGUUCUGCGACAAGAGCUGUUGCUAUUACUCCAUGUUUGAUCCUUGUCCUAGUGGCAGGUCGUAACGGUCUAUCGGGUGCAUUGAAUGCCUCUCAAGUGGUCCUUUCUUUGUUAUUACCAUUUGUGUCUGCACCAUUAUUAUAUUUUACUUCGAAUAAAAAAAUUAUGAGAGUUCAAGUGAAUGGUAAUAACGAUUGUCAACAAUAUACAAAAUCUACAACAGGAUCAAUCGAUAAGUUUGCUCCACAUUUUAGCGCGGAACAGGAACAGGAUGAAUAUAUGGUUGAUGAAAGCAUAGAAUUACAAGAUUUAGUGGAAUCAAACUCUAAGCAAUCAAACAUCAAUACCAAUACGAAAACAAGCAUUAUAGAUAGUAGUGAUAACGUAAUACCAGAAUAUAAAGACAUGAGUAAUGGUCCGUUUACUACUAUUGCUGCUAUAGCAGUGUGGUUACUUGUAUCUGUAUUAAACUUUUACAUGUUAGUCAGUUUUGCAAGUAACCAAGAGGUUCAUGUGUAA